AUGGCGUCCCAGUACGGCCUCCGCAAGGUGGGCGCGCCCCAUACGCUCGACCACCGCGUCUACAUCGAGAAGGAUGGCGUGCCCAUUUCGCCCUUCCACGACAUCCCGCUCUUUGCCAACCCGGAGCAGACCAUCCUAAACAUGGUCGUCGAAAUCCCUCGCUGGACCAAUGCCAAGCUCGAGAUCUCCAAGGAUGAGCUCCUGAACCCCAUUAAGCAGGACAUUAAGAAGGGCAAGCUCCGCUUCGUCCGCAACUGCUUCCCCCACAAGGGCUACCUGUGGAAUUACGGUGCCUUCCCGCAGACGUGGGAGGACCCCAAUGUCGUCCACCCUGAGACCAAGGCCAAGGGCGACAAUGACCCGCUGGACGUUUGCGAGAUUGGCGAGCUUGUCGGCUACGUGGGCCAGGUCAAGCAGGUCAAGGUGCUCGGCGUCAUGGCCCUGCUCGAUGAGGAGGAGACUGACUGGAAGGUCAUUGUUAUUGAUGUGAACGACCCGUUGGCCCCCAAGCUUAACGACGUCGAGGAUGUGGAGCGCCACCUUCCAGGUUUGCUGCGGGCCACUAAUGAGUGGUUCCGGAUUUACAAGAUCCCUGACGGCAAGCCCGAGAACCAGUUCGCAUUCACCGGCGAGUGCAAGAACAAGACGUACGCCAUGGAUGUUGUGCGUGAGUGCAACGAGGCCUGGGAGAAGCUCAUCACGGGCAAGACCGCGCCUGGAAACAUCUCGACCUCCCAUACAUUACGAGGCCGACAAUUCUCGCGAGUCAACAACUCGCCCACAUUCAUUACCUCGUCUACCGACCCGACCCGGAUCUGA